CGCGGUACCCUUACUAGAAAAAGCCGGCACGCAAGAUGAUCUAGCAAGAAUAUUUCUCCAAGUAGGCAAAAGAGUCCCAGCUUUAGAAACCUACGCCUAUUCGGCCUCAAAGGCCGCACUUCACCAUCUAACUAAUGUUCUAGCUGGUAAUCUCUCACAACGUAAUAUUACCUUCAAUACAAUAGCGCCCGGUCCAUUUGACACAAAAAUGAUGGCAGCAACUUUAAAAACACAUAGUAAUGGAUUUAAAGACAUAAUCCCAUUAGGUAGAAUUGGUAAUCCAGAAGAUAUCGCUGGGACCUGCAUUUAUUUAUGUAGUAGAGCUGGCGCAUAUACUAACGGUGCUAAUAUUUCGGUUGAUGGUGGAUACUUAUGCAGUAAGCCUAAAUUGUGA